AUGUCGGACUCCACCACCAUCUACCUCCUCCGCCACGGCGACCGCUUCGACUACUCCAUCGGCAAGGACGCCUGGGUCGCUCGCUGCCGCACCAGCGCCUCGCUCGCGCCCAGCGAUCCUCCGCUCUCGGCGGGCGGACACGCGCAGGCACGCGAGGUGGCCGCCCACCUCGCCAGCGUGGGAAGGAUCGACAUGAUCAUCGUAUCGCCGUACCUGCGCACACUGCAGACCGCCCAGCCGCUCGCCCACGCCACCGGCUUGCCUCUCUGCGUGGACUUUGCUGUCGCCGAGUCGCACCAGCGGCCGGCGGCACUGCCUCCUCUCGACACGCGGCUGCCGUACUUUCCCGAGAUUGAUACCUCCUACUCCCCUCUGAUGGCCUCGGUGGCGGUGGACGGCACCGGAGUGGAGCCGCGGAUCGAGCACCUGCGCCGAGCGGGCUUUGGCUGA